CGGUCUCCGCCCCCGCCCUUUCUCUUCCUUUGCCUACCUCAGGCCACGGCCCCGACCUCUCACCCCUGACCCGCUGCUUCUCCCCCAGAGGGCGAUCACUGCGGAUGUCGACCUCUCGAUCCCGUGGUGUCGGAGUGGGAGCCAGAACGGCCUCUGAGGCACCCUCCCUUAGCCCCUUCAGGGACCCAGUUUCGGCCCUGCGCGUGCCCGAGGAAUGGGGUCAGGGUGCGACCUGGGAUAGCCUGGAGGGUCCUUCAGACUCUUUGGCUCGAGGCUUGGUCCGUAGACCCCUCCUCCCCGUGCGGCCUGGAGUUUGAUUCUGGCUCAGGCCGACCUGCCCCCGCCUCCUGGGUCCCUUCUCCGCAAAUGUCGGUGGUUUGGAGAGUACCGGGCUCCUAGAUACCCAGGACCUGGGGCGCUAGAAGGGACCCGAGCGAGGGCCGCAGGCGCCUGUCCGUGUUUUGUUGUGAUGAUGGAGUCGCUCCAGCCCUGGGGGAUUGGCCAGGCCAAGCUGACAGUCCAAAUGCCCGGGCUGUUCCUCGGCCCGGUGGUCUCUGUGCUUUAGUUCCGGGUGUGAGUGCCCUGGUGUGGAGCCGGGGUGGGAAUUGCCUGAGCCAGGCUCCGGUGGAGGCGGAGUUGGCGGCCUUCCAGCUUCCCUCCUCCGUGCCCUUGAAAAGGAGGAGCGUUUCACCCGGUUGUGGCGGCUUGCGAGGUGGCAAGCUUGAGGUUGCAGUGGAGGGGCAGCGCCAGCCAAAAAUAACCAUGGGGCGCUGGGGUGGCAGGGAUCCGGGAGGGCAGUCACUGACCUGGCUGGCUGCACUUCUUGUCAGCCCAGUUCUGUGGCCAGGAACAGCAAGUGAGAAGCCAACUAGGCCUGUGCUCUGAGGGGGAGAGCUGGCAUCCUCGGCCUGGUUUCCUUCACAUUACGUUUUUUUUUUCUUCAUUGUGUAGAACAGAGCCUCCUAAAGCAUAAUGGUGGCUUUAGCUUCAUUAGAUAACCUGUUUGCUGGGGUCUCAGAGAAUCAGAGACAAUGGAUGAGAAGUGGGCACUUGUGCUUUGGUGGGAGGCUGAGGAGGGGGUCUGGUAUGUCCAGUAGCUCAGCUGCCUAAGAUGUGGUAAAGGAGAGAUGAUUUCCCCUAUUAUUAUUGCCUUGUGUGUGGUACUUUAUAGCUCUCGUACUUGUCAUUCUUUUGCCAAGUUGGCUGGGAAGUGGUGUUAAUCUCUACUUUCCGGGUAAGGUGGCAGAGGCCUAGAGUGACUUGUAUAAGUUCAUGAGGACAGUAAGUGACAGCACUGAGGAUUAGGUCAGGGUUUUCUGCCCAGAACUGUCUUCCCCAGGUUCCUGGGAAGGGACUUAACAUAUGUUCUUAGUGCUCUUAAGGCAUUUAACAGAGACCUGAGUUGUUACCUGGAACCUUUUUUAUUUUGUGAAUGAAAAGCUGCUCUGCAGUACCUCUUGUGGGCCCAGGCCUGUGCUAGGCACUUGGUUUAUAGGAGAGACACAUUGAAUCCUCACAACACCUUGCAAGAGAUUAUUAUCCCCUUGUUGCAAGAGGAAGCUGAAGGGUAGAGCAGUUGAGUAACUUGCCCAAAAGCACACAGCUAGAAGUGGCAGUGCCAGGUUUUAAAUUGACAUCUGUCUGACUCUGAAGCCUGGGCUCUUUCCACUAACGUGAAGUGUGUGGACAUGUGUAUCUUCCAGGUCUCAGGAGGGCAGGGCCACACUGGCCUUGUGGGAGGGCCCAUGCCCAGCCACUGGAGCGUCUUCCUGGUCAAUUCUGAAAUGUGAGAUGUGCUUUCAUUCCACAGCUUGGGCACCUUCCCCAGGGUAAUUGCAGGAAAACAGUGAAACAUAGUCAGCUGAUCAACAAAACAGAACAGAAAUCCAAGCCUUAGGGAUCAGUGAUUUUACAUAGUGUUUAUUCCAGGGAUUGCAGAAGUCUGGGCCAGUACCACUUCCUGGACUUCCCAGGUAGAGAGGGGAUAUCUGCUACUGGGGAAAUGGAGGGCAGUGACUUUGUCGGGAUCACCGAGGAGCUCCCAGGAGUUUGGUCAGAUUGGCCUCGCUGCCCUGCUCACCCCAGGGGGAGCCGUUCCGUGCUGCUCUCCUUCUGACAGACCUUUCUGUCUUCAUGGUGCAGCCUUAGUGGGUUUGUCCAAAGUGUCCUUGGUCAGGUGAGCCCAGGACUGAUCAUGACCGGAGGCUGGCUGUGGCUAAGUGAAGCGUUGGCCUAGCCUUCCCCUGGAGGCAGCAUCAGGGUUUUGGAUGGGCGUGGAACUGGGGGCUGGCCUCACGGAGCCGUCUUUCUCAGUUGGUGCUGGUCCAGCCUGGUGAUUUCCUGUGGCGGAUAGAAGUCUCUGCUUAACAGGGAGAAUGGGAUGGGGCCCUUUGGCCUGCCUCCCUGUGCAGACAGCCAACCCCUCUGCUGCUCCUGAAAUGGGAACAGGAGCCAGUACUGGAGCAGGGGAAAGAGAAGAGGGGACAGCAAAGGUAAUGUUGGAGAGAGGUGAGGCACUGCCCAGCAUGGCACUGCAGGUGGUCUGAAGGGCGCUAAGUGGGCCUCUGGCAAGAAACUUGGGUGCUCAGAUGACCCUGGUAUCCCAACAGCUGCUGAGACCGGGUGCUGACCAGCAAGGGCUGGCCAGACUCUGGAGUGGGCUGGGGAAUAUUUGUGAGACCCUGUUUGCCUCUUUCUCCAAGGGUUGGUCUUCUCAUGUGUGGCUUCUCACAUUGACUUGCGGUCCUUACUUUCUUGAGGGGGUUCCAGUUAGCCGGGAGACUUUAGGCUUCCAAACUGAAGGUUUUUCCCCACUUGCUGCCAUGUUGUUGGCUUCUUGCCAACAGCCCUUUGACUCUGGCCUCUCGCUUUACAGCAUGGUCACUUCUUAGGACUGCCUAGGAAGGAGGGAACUGAGCCCAGAAGGCUCCCCUUUCUCCCUGACCUUGGUGACUGUGCUCACCAUUCCAUCUUGCCUUCCUGCCUCAGUACCUGGUCCUCGCUCACCCGUUUCCCCAAGUGCUCAGGCCACCAGGCCAGUGAUACUCUGUUGGGGAGGCAGCUGUUUGGUAGUUCACUGGCAGAGAGGGUGUUACCCAUUGUCUGUUGUUCGGCCAGUGUGACCUCAGAGUUCUUUUUCACUUCAUAAACCCUGGGGAGGGGCUGCCCCCGAACAGAACAAUGGGCCUCUUCUUCAGGCACGUCUAGGCUGCCCGGCAGCCCGGUGGCUGGGGGCGGCUGGCUGCAUGUUGAGCAGGGCACUCUCUCUCGUGGCCUAGAUGCAUCACUGUAAGCGAUACCGCUCCCCUGAGCCAGACCCGUACCUGAGCUACCGAUGGAAGAGGAGGAGGUCUUACAGUCGGGAGCACGAAGGGAGACUGCGCUACCUGUCCCGAAGGGAGCCUCCGCCUCGCAGGUCUCGGUCCAGGAGCCAUGACCGCCUGCCCUACCAGAGGAGAUACCGGGAGCGCCGAGACAGCGACACGUACCGGUGUGAAGAGCGGAGCCCAUCCUUUGGAGAGGACUGCUAUGGAUCGUCGCGUUCACACCAUCGUCGGCGGUCACGGGAGAGGGAGCCAUAUCGAACCCGCAAGCAUGCCCACCACUGCCACAAACGCCGCACCAGGUCUUGUAGCAGCGCCUCCUCGAGAAGCCAACAGAGCAGUAAGCGCAGCAGCCGGAGUGUGGAAGAUGACAAGGAGGGCCACCUGGUGUGCCGGAUCGGCGAUUGGCUCCAAGAGCGAUAUGAGAUCGUGGGGAACCUGGGCGAAGGCACCUUUGGCAAGGUGGUGGAGUGCUUGGACCAUGCCAGAGGGAAGUCUCAGGUUGCCCUGAAGAUCAUCCGCAAUGUGGGCAAGUACCGGGAGGCCGCCCGGCUAGAAAUCAACGUUCUCAAAAAAAUUAAGGAGAAGGACAAAGAGAACAAGUUCCUGUGCGUCUUCAUGUCUGACUGGUUCAACUUUCACGGUCACAUGUGCAUCGCCUUUGAGCUCCUGGGCAAGAACACCUUUGAGUUCCUAAAGGAGAAUAACUUCCAGCCUUACCCCCUGCCACAUGUCCGGCAUAUGGCCUACCAGCUCUGCCAUGCCCUUAGAUUCCUACAUGAGAACCAACUGACCCACACAGACUUGAAGCCAGAGAACAUCCUAUUUGUGAACUCCGAGUUUGAAACCCUCUACAAUGAGCACAAGAGCUGUGAGGAGAAGUCGGUGAAGAACACCAGCAUCCGAGUGGCUGAUUUUGGCAGUGCUACCUUUGACCAUGAGCAUCACACUACCAUUGUGGCCACCCGUCACUAUCGCCCGCCUGAGGUGAUUCUUGAGCUGGGCUGGGCACAGCCCUGUGACGUCUGGAGCAUCGGCUGCAUUCUCUUCGAGUACUACCGCGGCUUCACUCUCUUCCAGACCCACGAAAACCGAGAGCACUUGGUGAUGAUGGAGAAGAUCCUUGGUCCCAUCCCUUCACACAUGAUCCACCGCACCAGGAAGCAGAAAUAUUUCUACAAAGGAGGUCUGGUUUGGGAUGAGAACAGCUCUGACGGCCGGUAUGUGAAGGAGAACUGCAAACCUCUGAAGGUCAGUUUCUGGCUUCCCCUAGCUGAACUCAUGCCCCAGAGACCCCAGGCACCGGGCAGACAUACAGCAGAGACAGGACAGGCAGUUAAAGGCUGCCUCCUCGUUCCAGUUCUGUGGGAAGCUGCGCCUGAGACUGCUGUGUGCUGGCAGUGGCGCUUCUGGCAAACUGCCCCGGAGGGCCCUUAGCACCAGCCCUCCCUACAGGGUGGCCAUGAAUGUAAUUGGGGAACACCAGAAGAGCCAGAUGUCUGAGACCCUGCUAUUUCCUGCUCCCUCUUUUGGGUAGAACUAGGCAGGACUGAGGUGAGCGGGAGGGAAGACCUAGUAGUCAUGGUCAGAAGGCCUCUGUCGACGGCAUUGGUGCUCGGACAAGGGAAUUUCACAAAGGGGAUUUCUACCACCUGUCAGGACUCUGCUUGUGGGGGGCAGAGGCACUAGCCCAGCAAGACACCCAGUAGCCUGACAAGUUCAGACCAGAGUGCUAAACCAGCACGAAAGGAAAGGAGCAGCUCAUUUUUUGUCCAGGAGGGCAAAAGUAGAGUCCUCCCAGGAGGCAUUACUGCCCCCUCUGCAAGUCCAGCAAGGCUUCCCAGAGGCAAGGGGACCUGCUGUGGCUUCCCAAGACCCUGCUGUCACACUGAGGCACCUUGUGUCC